AUGGACCACAUCAUCUGCUGCCUGCUGGUCCUUGGAGCCACAGUGAUGAUCACUCAAGCAUGUCCCAAGUACUGUUCAUGCCAGAAUCUGUCUGAGUCUCUGGGGACACUGUGUCCCUCCAAAGGCCUUCUGUUUGUGCCUCCGGACAUUGACCGCGGCACGGUGGAGCUCCGACUGGGAGGCAACUACAUCCUCCGCAUCACGCAGCAGGACUUUGCCAAUAUGAGCGACCUGGUGGACCUGACCCUCUCCAGGAACACCAUCAGCUAUAUCCAACCCUUCUCUUUUGGUGACCUAGAAACACUGCGGUCUCUUCAUAUGGAUAACAACCGCUUGAUGGAGCUAGGCCCUGACGACCUGCGAGGUUUGGUCAACCUGCAACAUCUCAUCCUCAACAACAAUCAACUGAGACGGAUUCAUGAUAAGGCCUUUGAGGAUCUAGCACCAGCCUUGGAGGACCUCGAUCUCUCCUACAACAAUCUGAUUUCCAUCCCAUGGGACUCAGUCCGUCAGAUGAUUAACCUGCACCAACUCAGUCUGGAUCACAAUCUGUUGGACUUUAUCCCAGAGGGAACCUUCACUGACCUAGAAAGGCUUGCACGAUUGGACCUUACCUCAAAUCGUUUGCAGAAAUUACCCCCAGACCCGAUCUUUGCCCGCGCCCAAGACUCGAUGAUCCUGACUACCCCCUAUGCUCCGCAGCUGUCUUUGAGCCUGGGUGGGAACCCGCUGCACUGCAACUGUGAGCUACUUUGGCUUCGAAGGCUUGAGAGGGAUGAUGACUUAGAGACUUGUGCUUCUCCUCCUGCCCUCAAGGGACGUUACUUUUGGAAUUUGAAGGAGGAGGAGUUUGUGUGUCAGCAGCCUCUCAUUACCCAGCACACCCACAGGAUGCUGGUACUGGAGGGCCAGACGGCCAGCCUGAGGUGUGAAGCAACUGGAGACCCCCCUCCUACCAUCCACUGGAUCUCCCCUGAUGAUCGACUGCUUGGCAACUCCUCCCGAACUUCAGUGUUCAGCAAUGGCACCCUGAGCAUCACUAUCACCACCUCCAAGGACUACGGCACCUUCACAUGCAUUGCUGCUAAUGUUGCCGGGGAGUCCACCGCUCCCGUAGAGGUGUCCAUUGUCCAGCUCCCUCACCUCAGCAAUGGCACUGGGCAACCAUCGGCGCCAAAGUCCCGCCUCUCUGAUAUCACAGGCACUACCAGGAUCAGCAAGGGGGCUCCUAAGAGCCAGCCAGAAAGGACUGUGUCUGUGUCUGAGGUGACGGCUGUUUCAGCAUUGGUCACCUGGACAGUCAGCAAGUCAGCCCCCAAAGUGAAGAUGUACCAGCUGCAGUACAACUGUUCCGACGAUGAGGUGCUGAUCUACAGGUAAACACUUUCAUGUUUCUGCUGCCCUCUUCAUUUAUGAUGGGAAUUCAAUAAGUCCAAAUAGUAAGAGGGUCAUUGGUUGAUAGAUGUGGGAUGAGCUGGGUCAGUUUCAAACAAAGACCAAGUAAAUUCCAAGUUUUAUUCAAACAUGUAAUACUAGGAAAGAGUUUACUUGUGGAGGUUAACCCUUUCAGGACAAAAUAUGCAAAAAAGAAAUCUACCAUAAGCUUGAAUGGUUGAAAACAAACAGGCCUAAAAUAAGAGUGAUUAUUGGACAACUCAUAAAAAACUAUAGACUAUUACGUAGCCCCUAGUUUGCAAGACAUACCACAGUGUAAAUAAGCUUGUAAUUAUAACUUGUUAACUUCUUUCCGUUCAGUUCUUACUUUGACAUGUGAUAUCUGGACAUUAAUCAUUUUUCUGGAUUUGUCAGGGGAAUUUGGCCUAAAUUAAGGAAACAAGACAAAAACAAAAUAAUUGAAGUUGACUAUUUAGAGUUGUUUCAUACUGUAUUUAGGCUGGAUGUAGUUUUAUAUACAUUGUGUUUGUUGUAAGCCUAAUCUUGAAACAAGCAGAGACAGAAAUCAGUGUUAUAGUUAAAUUUUAAUGCUUUUUGGCAUUUUAGAGGGAUCCACUCAGGCUCCUCUGUCUGCUUUUACCAUUGGGUUAUUUGUCAGCAGACAAAAACAACUCUUUUCCCUUAUUCAGCUCUAAACAUUGCUCUGUGCUUUAUUGAGCUCAGUUGCACUCAGCAGUCCAGAACCAGGAAGAUUUCUCUACAGAAGGCAGAGGACUCUCAGCCCAUCAGAGUUUGCUGGAGAUAAACUCUAACAGGGACUUGUUUUACAUCACCUCAGCCCCUUGAACAAGUGCAAAACCAGCCAGAAAAAAUGCAAUUACUUACGGCAAUUAAAAUAAGUGAAAAUUGCGAAACUAAGCUGUAGCCUCAGGGUCAGCCCACCUCUUAUUUCCUUUAUUAUAAGGCAAAUUGUAUGUCUAUUUUUUCCCCACAAACAUGUAGAAUGAGUGUAUUUUGUGUAAUUAUAUAGUGUGACUCCUACAAAUAGCCAUGUAAUACCAGUAAUUCUUUACAGCUGAUCGUAUAAUACGUUCCUGCAUGAAUCACUCCCAUUUUAAUCAACAUUUUCAACAUAAUUAUGCAAAGGAUUGUAUAACUAAAUAGACACUAUUCAUUUUAUGCAAAUUGUCAAACAGCAUAUGCUCCGAGCUGAACAGUACGUAUAGAAAUGGCAGCUGAUGCAAAUAGGGGCCUGAAUUAAAAACACUUUAUGCAUGCAAAUAAGGUUUUACAGAGAAGUGGGUAGAAAUUGAAGUGAAUUUGAAAAGUGUGGGAGACUAAGGUAGCAAACAGUGAAAUCAAUUACAUUCUGCUCAGGUUGACAAAAGUUUUUAAUGCUCUACGCUAAAUUACUCCUAUCUGCUUAAUAAUCUCCCAAAGGAAAAACACCAUAUUUUGUGUAUCUUGUUCCUCGAUGGGGAGUUCAGGUACUCAAGUUCAUUUUUUACAGAAUCCAAAUAACUCAAAAGAUGGUUGCAAGGUAAUCCUUGGUGCUUAAGAUAUUAAAAAUUCAGGACACACAAACAGUAUCAGAGAAGAUCUAAUUAUGAUGCUGCGUGUUUAGUCUUUAUUUAUGUGUGUAGGUUGUCAGCAGGUAUGUUAGCAGAUAGCAGGUGUGGACUGUCAAAUGAGAUCAGGUGAGAAAGAUGAUUUAAAAAAAGAGGGAACUAAUAAAGAGAAAAAAAACAAUGAAUUGGAGCAAAGCAAUAGAAUAUAGAGGUUUAAACCCGAAUGCGAACUAGUGAGCGUGCUCAGAACGUUCAGCCCAGUUUGGAUCUAAUUGAGCUAUAUGCAUGCAAGAGAAAUAAAUCCAUACACUUCAACAAUGAAUACGAUUUCUAAUCUAUAGUGAACCCAAAGUCUAGUCAUAUAAGACAUUAUAAAGUGUUCCCUCACAGUGAAAACAAUUAGAGUCUACUUCUACCAUUACUCAUCAGCUGGACCAAAUUUUUGACAGUGUUGAUUCAAAUGGUAAGUUUGGAUCCAGCGCAGCAACUGAGUAAGACAAAAACACAUUUAAAAGGAUUUGUAGUGCAAGUUGUUGAAAAUUUUUUUUUCUGUUAUCCCUGUAAUAAUAAAUAAUAAUAAUAAUAAUAAUUCAUUUUAUUUGUACAGUGCUUUUAAAACAGAGACAAGAAAACAGUAAAAUAAAACAGUAAAAUAUUAAAAGCAAUUUUAAAUAAGUGAGUUUUUAAAAGGGAUUUGAAGGUAGUGGGGUCAGGGCGGUGUCUCAUGGAGGGUGGUAGGGAGUUCCAGAUGGUAGGGGCAGCUGUGAAGAAUGCAUAUCGCUAAGAGCUGCAUCUUACAGAGAGAAAAACAGGGAUUUUUUUACUGAAAUCUGCUGAACCCACUUUCAGUGUCAGCUGAAGAUGUCUUGAGAUAAGAGCUGAAAUAAAAGGAAGCUAGAAAAUAAAUUAAGAAGUUAAAAAUACCUGCAUUAAAUCCAGGGGGAUUUAGCUUCACGCUGCAGUUCGAGUGUGAUGUUCCACCUUAAUGAAUGCAGCCUCAGUGCUGUGAAUUGUUCUGAAAUGUAGCCUGAAAUGUUUCACAGAUCGAUCCACGAAAGCAGUGUUGAAUUCAAGAGAGCUGAGUAAGUCUCCUGAAUGAGAGAAAAACAAUUUAUUAAAGUUUAGAUAAAAGUUCAAGUUUGGAAAUAAGCCUGUAGCUGCUGAGAGUCAACGGAUCAUCUCAGCUGUGUCCUACUAGUGUUCACAUGAGGUAAGAGUCUUCAGCUGUUUCCUCUUCAGACGCUCUAGCUGGAGGACAAAGUUAUUACCGCUCCAUGAUUGGCACGUUGUUUCUUCAAGUUAAAGGUUUGACGUGAAGCUUCCUUGUGAGGGCCCGAGGGCCUCUCACUCACUCACUCACUCGAAACAGAGCAGACUUUUUUAAACAUGUGUCGUUGGCAGGUGGGGGAAAAAGUGUUAUUCCUGAAAAGUGAGCUGUUGGGAGAUUUUUCCAAAGUUUGUGAAUGUGCAAGGCCAAGUAAAGAAGCCCACAAGUGACACGUAAUCAGGUACUGUAGAUGGAGUGGUAACACUUUACGAUAACCAUAAUUUAUAAACGGUUAAUAGAUAGUUUAUUAAUGUUUAAUCAUCAUUUAAAAACAGCUUAUAGAACAAUUAUAAAUUGCAAAUAGAUAGUUUAUUAAUGUAAGUUAAUAGUUACCUUACCAUUACCAAGCAAUGAAAUUAUGAUUAAUAAUUUUUUAUUUUUUUUAUCAAUUAUUAAUAGACUAUUUAUUAAAGGUUUAUAUAGGGUUUAAAUAUUGGUUGUAUAACAUCUAGAUUAAAAUGUGUGUCAGCAGCACUUUGUAAAUGGUAAAUAUUUGUUUUUUAAACCAUCUAUAAACAUUACUGUGAUGAAGAUUAUAAAGUUGCAACUAAUGUUUGUAGUACUUUGUAAAUGAUUAAUAAGUGGUUUAUAAACCACCUAUAAACAUUACUUAGAUGGUUAUUGUAAAGUCAGGGUUAGGGUUAGGUUUUUAAAAUUGUAAAAUUUACAAUGUAGAAUGUAAACAUGCUGACCGUUUUAAUUCACUAAGUCAAAAGUGCCAUUCAGUGGUCAGGUAACGAUGACAGCGGCCUCUGCUGGAUCAGAUGGUGAGCUUCUGCAGACAACCUGGCAUGCUGAUAAAAACAUUUUGUUUUUUUAAUUCAAAUCGUUCAUUACAGUAACGUUUUUAUAGGUGUUUUAUUCAACUCAUACUAAAUGGUUGUGAUGAAUUUAAAUAGAAAAAGUCCCUGUAAGAGUCCCCUUGUUAUUAGAGGUCUACCUGGUAACAAUAUAAUAACUAUAUACAUUUUUAUUGAGUUUCUAAUGAUAAUGAGUAAAUAAUCAAAGAGAAACUACAAGUGCCAAAAAAGAAACCCCACCGUUGCCCAAGCAUUUAGGGAAAUAUCAAGAAAUUAUGACCAGAUUAUUUGAAUAAGUAACACUAACAUGGAUGAGGUUUUUAUGCCAUGAUGUAAGAGUAAUGUUAAAAAGCCAAUUGUUGAAUAAAAGUGCAGUUCAAUAGCUGAUUAACCUGACAAUUGUUUCGAUGGGUGCUUGUUGCAGCCCUAAAUUUAUUUUGACGCUCUGAAUUUGAAAGAACAGAUGCUCGAUCAUGGAAAUUUUGGCUCCUGUGAGCUGUAAUCAUAUCCACACCACGACUCUGUUGAAAGAGAGCUUACUCGCAGGUACAUGAUGGCUCCAUGCAGGUUUACACGCUGCUUCAUCAAACACAUACUGUAACACGAACCACAGUUUCAGCAUGUCUUCCUCUCCCUAAUGCAUUCAUCUAUUACAGUGAGAUGGAUGAGGAUGUUUUACAGCAUCCAGGAGAUAUUCAAGGGUAUACGCGGAGACAAAAAAAUGUCACGGCCCAUUUAAUCCUUCGCAGCACAGCUGCACUCUGCGAGGACGUCGGGGAUUUUGAUUAUAUAAGCAUAAUCAAAUCUCUCUCAGCGUCACACCCAUGUUUACGCUGAGUCAGUGGGGCAGGAGACCGUUUGUCGUGACCUUGUCUGCCCAAGUCCACGGAGAGACGCUUCAAGAAAUCAAUAGAGAUGAUGCAUAACGUCUCAGCUGAAAAGAAAAAAAAACACGCAGAGUUUAAAGCUUGUGGAUAAGAAUGAUGCUGCAUGUAGGGUAGAUCUGUUUGUUUGUUUGUCAGCUCUUUCUUUAAACUAAGAAGAAAGGAUAAUAAAACUCUUCAUAAUAAAUCUCUCGCAAAGCUUAAAGAAGCCAAAACUAAGAGCCAAUCUCCUCCUAGGUCUCUUCUUUUUCUCUCUGAUUAAUGCUGCAGACCACAUGAGCACAGGGAGCUGAGCAGGACACUCCACAAAUUGCCUUUUCCAGCCUGCAGGGGCGUCGAAAAACUUUUAUCUCCCUGUGAUAAGCACAGGCAUGUGUUCCUCUGGACUCUGCUUUAUUCUUAUGAAUUAACUGAAUUAACUCGUCUAUGCAGACAACCUGGAAUCAAUUAGACCCAGACACCAGAGCGAGCAGCACCAGUCCCAGGCAACCAAUUAAAGCAGAGUAAUGAAAUGGAGCAAGUUUUCGGAGAAGAGGAACUUUUCAUUAGAAAGCAGCCUCUUUGUUUGAGCUGUGUAAAAUAAUUGGAAGAAAAAGGAAAAGCUGAAGUUAUGAUCCUUGUGUAUGAUCUCAGCUGCAGAAAGUUUCGUCUUGCAGGGCAUGUGGGGUAAAUUGGGUAGUCAUGAAAAGUAUGUGGUUGCACUUGCAUUAAUUUAAUGGGAACAAUUUCUGCACCUUGAGGGAGAUCAGCAGUAUUUUUCAAUCUGUACCCUGUUUUUACAUAACUAUAAAUGGUCCAAGUAGGCCUCAGCGUAAAUGAUCACAAUAUAUUUUGUCAUAUCGUCCGAUCUCGAUUAUUAUCACGAUUUAUUUUUUAACUGCCAGUUUUAAAGUAUCUGUACUAAGAACUAAAGAAACUAGAGAUUAGUUCAACAUUUUUUAACAUACAAAGUAAAUAACAAAGCAAAUUGAAUAAAAUAAACUUCGAAAAAUAUAAAAAAAUGUUUUAACUCAACAGAACAACAAAUGUAGAUAAUUACUAAAUAAUACAGUGAAUUAGUUUACUGUCCUGAGUGUUUUUGCAAGUAUGCAAGACCCAAAUUAAACAAAUCGCCCCCUCAGAGAUAAUGAAGACGCCUUAAAAUGUAAACAUUAGAUGAUGUAAACAACAAUGAUAUGAUUGAUUGCUUUGGUCUGGUGGCUGCACCGCUCGUUGUGGCUAAACUGCUAACGCUACUCGUGCCGUUAGCAGUGGCAGGCUGUGGAGACUCCGCUCACAUUUUUGUGCUUUCCGCAUAAUCAUCCCGCAACUACUUCUUCAAAUGAUUAAACAUAUUUGUUGUGUAGCCGGUUUUUGAGGGCAACGAUUGACAUACCUCGCUCAUCGGCUUAAUUACUCGACGUCACUUUGGAGUUACCCGAACCGCCGCCACCCAACCGACGUUGAAUAACUUCUCAACAAUAACACCUUCGGAGGAUGACUCAAAGUCACGGCUGACAUCUAUUUUGCUGCCCUCAGCUCCGCGUUUAGCUCCAUGUUCAGUCAUUCUGUUUACUUCUCCUGUUUACUUCUCCGACAACUUACAGAAGUGAGCAGGAAAAGCUCGACUCUGAUUGGCUGUUGUGAUGCACACUUCUGCUAUGCUCACGGCUGAUCACCGUGAUCGACCUGAAAUUUAUCAAUCACAAUCAUAUAAUCGCCCAGGCCUAGGUCCAAGGAAUGAAAACUGGAAGGUGUGCAUCACAGUUUGAUGUGUAUGGAGCUGUGUCCAAAGUGGCCUGGAGGCAGUGUCAUCAAAAAUUAUGGCGUGAAAGUUCAUCAACCUUUUUUUCCAUAUAGAAGACAUUUGAUAACAAAAAGCUGGAGUUCCUGGUGCUGACUUUGUCUCCUGUUCUCUGAAUCUCAGUCAAAUCAAGCACAAACAGGAUGUUCAAAUCCAAUCCGUGGAGGCCUCACUUUGCAACUUCCAGAACUUUACAAAUCUUCUGCUAAUGUCAUGGUUCUAGAAACUAAAGCCUACCUUUAAAAGGUCAAAUGGAGUUCUUGUCUCAUUGGGUCAGGGCUGUUUUGACUUUAAGAAGGGGCUGCACAAUGUUGGGCAGGUGCAUGGUUUAUAUAAUAUGCGGGGGCUAAGCAGAGCUGGUUCUCCUGAAAAAAAAGGGCACAAGCUCCCGUGAAAGCCUCCCCUAAGAUGUUUAGGAGGAGCUCUACAAAUCUGUCCACUUUAGAUUAUUUUUUCAUGUUCCAUACAGUAAGGUUCCUUAACCCCAGGGAGAGGAAGAGCAUGUAUUGGAUCAAUAUCACAACAAUAUGUCUAAAGUAGUUUUCAUAAUACAAAUACAGUAAAAAAAACAUACAGACUUAGAGAAAUAGUCCUGAUAUACUCAGGAUGAAAAAUUGAGGCCCUUUGUUUCUACACAUGGUGAAUAUUUCAGGUUCAGCGGUUGUGUAAAAACGGGCCGAUGACUGACAGGAGACAGAAAGCAGACAGGGACUUUAAUGACGAGGCUGCAGCUUUGUUGACCCACCCUGGCUCAUCCCCGCAGGCUUUUGUGUGUCUGAACGGCAAAACUGUUUUUCCUCUUGUUCUUCUGACAGACAUGAGCCAUAAUUGACAUGUUCUCUGGAGCUUCUUGUCAGUGAAAUGAAAACAUGAACUGUGUUUGACCGUCCAGGCUGACCUCUUUGUUUGGAUCAUGUCCCUGCUUUCCACUGCGAGUGUUGUACUGGUUCGGCUUAGUGAUUAAAUGGUGUACCCUUUAUACAGAAACCGCAGUCUUUAAAGGGAGUUUGAAUCUAACUCACCACCCUUUGUCACGUUAUUUACCUCUCUCUCUUAAACGUUAAGGAAAACCACCUCAAAGUGUGCUGCUGUUGUAUUUGGACUUUUAAAAUAUGUCUUAAAAUGAAACAGCCAGUUUGAUAAAGUCUAUAUCUUUUUGGGGUUGGCAUGGUUUUGUCCCUUUUUUAAGGUUUUCAGCACCAAAAUGUCCCAAACAAAACUAAACCAAUAUGGACCCUUGUAGCUCACAGUGCUGCAGGAACCUUGUCAGCCCACAGAGCUGUCAAUCAUAGCGCCACAAUCCCUCCUUUAAAUGGUUAUGAUCAUAGACUGUAUAUAGAAAACAUGACCCCCCUGUAUACAGAUUUGAAGCCAAAAAGCCCUCUGCAUUUCUGCGUUUUUCUCCACUUCCUACAAAGAACUUGAGCACAAACCUGUCGUACAGUAACUACAUGUCAACACCGCAAGCAGGGGGGUGAAAAAUUUAUAUUCUAUGUAAUAAAUUGCUACAGUUAAUCCACAGCCCCAUAAAGAUGGCUGGAGGAGGCGGGAUUUAUGACCUAUACUGCAGCCCGUCACCAGAGGGUGCUGUUGUUGGAGUGGCUUCACCCAGCGAGGCGACAGAUGCUGUCCAUUCUAUAUACAGUCUAUGCUUAUGAUUCAUCUUUUUUGAAAAACGAUCACUUGAACAAAAAUCAGCAGGAUGAGAACCUCCUUGACUGAUAGAAAAAAAACAUUUCCAGGAAAAACAUUAUUUGAUAUGAACUUUAAUUUUAUAAUUUGACCCGAGUCUCUUUGCUAACAAGAAGAAGACAGGCUUAGAUAAGACCUUUUCUCCAGGCUAUCGCGAAGGGAAACCAGUUAAACUUAAGGGAAGUUGUCCUUACGUCCGUCUUUUGUCUGAAUGUGGGUUGCCCUGCGCAUUUGGACUUCACUUUGGUUCUGUGAUUUAUCAACCAUUAACCGUUUUAAUCAGCCGCUGGUUUCAUGGUGGUGUUCAUCAACGAGAGCAUCUUUUAUGAGCUAAUUAGCUUAGCCGCUAAGUAGAUUAAUCCAGCCCUGUCCCGGAUUUUAAUGGAUGGAGAGGGGUUUUUUUUGCAGGAACAGAGAAAUAAUUCUAAUUCAUUUGAAUCCGACACUGCAUCACGAACAGUUCAUAAUCAUAGUUUUUCUCAAAGAUAGAUUUAUUUCAGCGGUGUGUUACUCACAGCUUUCCCAUACAGAUCUACACAGAGUGUGCCUGAGGAGCGGACCAUCAGGUUCAUGUCUGAUGUGCGUCCCUGCAGGGAGAGCUGUGUGUUUGAAGUUGAAUGAUUGUAUCAGUCAAACAGCAGGUGUGAGAGGUACAGCAUCAGUACGACCUGCAGCUGGACGCUGAGCUGCUCGCCUCCAGCAGUCAGAAGCUCCACAUCCUGCUGCUAUCUGUCAAACAAGGAAAAAAAACAUGUCCUCUUCUGCACGCACUUAUAGACCUGCAAACAGUACUGUAUCUUAAUGAAACCCUGAAUACUCCUUUGGUUUCUUCCUCCCACCACUAAGACCCCUGACCAGUCUCACUUGUCCACAUCGAUGGUCCUGGAUGCACCCAAACUGAGUGUCACAGUCUCCGCUCUUUCUAGCCCUUUCUGGGUUUUCUGUCGAUAUUUUUUAAGACCGCUCCAGAGCUCAGAUAUCAAGCAGACCCUCUGCUCAUUGCAGUGAGACAGAUGGCUCUGAGAGAUAAAGCCAAUUACUGUUGGCUGUCUGUUGCACGAGCAUCCGCAGAGACUUAGCUGUGGAGACAAACUCCAGGAAAUGCAAAUAGAAACUGUAGCUGCUCUUAGAGGAACAUGGCUCAUGAAAAAGAGGCUGUUGUGGGCUGUUGAGUCUAGAUGUGCUGAUUUUACUUAAGAAAUCUGAUCAGCUUCACAUUAAAUCACUUUACUGAAGCAACCCUUAUCUUUGACCCUCAAAACAGACAAACUAUUCUGUCUCUCUGUGUUGGUAGAGGGCAUUUUUACUUCUUUUUUUAUCUGACAGAUUUUCCAGAGGAAAUAAAAGUUCAUAGACUGAAAUCUUUUUGUAGCGAAAGUCAAUUUUGUCUCCUGAUGCCAUCAUGUUAAAGGGAUAUUUCAGCAUAAAAUUAAUUUAGGGUCAAACACACCGUAACAUCGAGUUAGACACGCCGUCGAGACAUGAAUGUUGCAGACUGCUUGCUUCUCUAGUUAUACCAACUUGGGUAAUGACCGCAGAUAGCAAUACAGAGAGCCACGUGUUAAACCAAAACACCACUCUAUAGCCACAAAUAAUGCUCAGAGCAGCACCUAACUUCAUCAACAGUACACAUGAGGUCCUAGCCACAGCACUAGACACCAAACAUCUUUUUAGCUUUCCCUAAUUCCUUUAGCAAAGAGACUAAACACAACUCACCCACUCUCUUCAAGCAGCCACUUGUUUGUACCGAGACCUCUGGGCGAGUCCACCGACUGCAGUGGGGUAACGCAGCUCAUGGAAGAACAUUUAUGAUUUUUUCUUUAUGGAAAUGCAAUCAGACAGAGAUGCUAAGGCAGAAGAACUACAGUGUCUGCAGUACAAAAUAAUUAAUAUGAUGAUUAUUACUUCAAGGAAAUAAAAAAAGUAAUGAUCAUAAAUGUUCUUCCUUGAGCUGCGUCCCCCUGCUGCAGUUGAUGGACUCGUCCGGAAGUCUCCGUACAAACAAGCAGCUGCUGGAAGAGAGUAGGUGAGCUGUAGGCAAAGUUAAAAAGAUGUUUGGAGGCCGGCACUAUGGCUGGGACCCUAUAUGUACUGUAGAUGAAGUUAGGUGCUGUUCUGAGCAUUAUUUGUGGCUAUAGAGUGGCUUUUUGGCUGAGCGCGUGGCUCUUUGUAUCGCUAUUGUGCGGUUGUUACUAAAGUUGGUAUAACUAGAGAAGCAAGCGGUCGGCAACAUUCAUCUCUUGAAGGGGUGUCUAACUCGGUGUUACGUGUGUUUGACUCUAACUUAAUUUUAUGCCGGAAUAUCCCUUUAAUUUGAAUGAGUUACAUAAAGGUGUAAGCAUAUUUGUGUGGCCCCAAAAUGGCCAUGGCAGAUAGUUUCACAAACCCAGUCACAGAUAAGUUUGGAUGUAGUCCGAUUUAUUCACAAAAACAUAUUUUGAUGGUUUGCAAAUCACUUGAUCAGUAUAUUUUAUUCAAAAUAUAAAACUCUAGAACAGCUGUGAAAUGCUUAAAAAAAAUCAGCAGGAAUACUUAAAGCCUGAGGGGGUGAUUUGCAACAUGACUGGGUAUAAAAACCAAUACUGGAUGACCCUGAUCAUCAGGCCCUCAGGCAGCUCUGCAUUAAAAACAGACAGAAUUCUGUAGUUGAGGUCACUGCAUGUUUUCAAAAUCACUUAGAAAAACUGUUGUCUGUCAACACUGUUUGUGGGAAACAAUAAAAUUACAUGUUUGAAUCAACCAUUUUGGCAUUUUUUCAGUCUGAUCUGGUAGACAUCAAGAUUUUUGUCUUCUCUCUCUCUCUCUUUGUCUCUCUCUCUCUCUCUCUCUCUCUCUCUCUCUCUCUCUCUCUCUCUCUUUCUCUCUCUCUCUCUCUCUCUGUGUUCAGGAUGAUCCCAGCCUCCAGUAAAGCCUUCCUGGUGACAAACCUUGUGUCCGGGACUCGUUAUGACCUGUGUGUGCUCGCCGCCUGGGACGACUCGGCCACCACGCUUACCGCCACCAACGUGGUGGGCUGCACCCACUUCUUCACCCAGGAUGACUACCCACAAUGUCAGUCCAUGCCCAGCCAGCUGCUGGGCGGCACAAUGAUCCUGGUAGUGGGGGGCGUCAUCGUGGCCACGCUGCUCGUCUUCAUCGUCAUCCUCAUGGUGCGUUACAAAGCCACGGACAAUGAGCCUCCCGCGGGGAAGCUGGCCAACGUCAGCGACACGCACUCCCAGACCAAUGGGGGGCGACUGGGGCAGAACGGACUCUUGAUGCUGCAGUCUCAGCCGCAGCCGCAGCCGCAACCUCAGCCUCAGCCUCAGCCUCAGCCCGAGCCGAAGGUCAAGGCUAAGGUGACCCUGCAGGACGAGGUGGUGGAGUUCAAGUGCGGCUCCCUUCAGAGCAGCCUCACCUCCUCCUCCUCCUCCUCUUCCUCGGGUUCCUUGGCGGGACGCUCGUACAGCCCUAACACUGCUCUCGCAAACAUUUGGAGGUCUGCUCAGUCGAAGCCCCGGACCAACCUGGACCACCUCCUGGGGGCGUUCACCUCCCUGGACUUGCGAGGGGCUCAGGGCAGCGAGGUCGGAGCCUCCAGUAGCGCCUCGUCGACAGUGCCGAGGAAACCGCACACAGACAGGGAGCCGCUGCUGGGUCGGACUCUGGACUCCAGCCUCAGCCGGCUCCUCAUGCUCCCCCUAGAGGCCAAGCCCAGGAGGAGUCAAUCCUUCGACAUGGGGGACGUAACGAGCGCCGGGGCCGCACAGCUCAGCAACAAACCUCGCAGGAUCAGCAGCAUCUGGACUAAGAGGAGCCUGUCAGUGAACGGCAUGCUGCUGCAGUGUGAGGAGGAGGGGGACACAGGGGGGAGUAAGGGCACGUUGGACAGCGCUGACUGGGUGAUGGAGAGUACUGUGUAG